CCCUACUCUCAUUUUCUUUUUUAUACAGAAUCCAAAGUGCCAAACUAUGCCUUUUCUCUCUUUUUCUCCUCUGUGUGUCAGAGAACUACUUCUUCUACCCUACCUUACCCGCCAAUUCAUUUGUCACCAAUAAUCCACCAACUUUUUGUACCACUUUUGUUGCAUUUUUUGCCAUUCAAGCAAUUCCUAUAAAUAUUAACUUUGACUCCACAUCCUCCUACAUUGAUUUGUGGCUUAAACACUGUCUUUGGUCAGGUUUUUUAGUAUUGUACUAUUGGGUUAGCCCUGCGGGUGCAGACGUGUAAAAGUGUUGAACUCUUUUCCUCUUUGGGUUGGAUUUAGUUAUUUAUUUAUUUUUAUCAUGGGAAGUGUUGGAAUGAAGAAAACCGCAACCUUGUUAUGUGUUCCGUUAAUGGCUAAAUCUGCCGAGGGAAUGGUGAGUGGCAUGAACCAGGCCAAGGCACAAGGAGCUGAUAUUGUUGAGAUCAGGUUGGAUUGCAUUGACAAUUUUCAUCCUCAAAAAGACCUUGACAUCAUCUUGAAAGAUAAACUGUUGACAACCCUCAUCGUUUUUCGGCCAAAGUGGAAUGGUGGUUUCUAUGAAGAUGAACAUAGUAGAAUUGAGGCACUUCAAAUGGCAAAAGAUUUGGGAGAUGAUUAUGUAGAAUUUGAGCUCAAGGUGGCCUCUAAGUUUAUGGAAGAACAAAGAAAUAGUCCUAGCAGAGGUACUAAAAAUAUUGUAUCAUUUUAUGUAAAUGGAGAGACCCCUUUAGAACAAGAACUUAAACAUAUUAUUUCAAGUAUGCAAGAAACAAGAGCAGAUAUCAUCAAAUUAGUCACUAAUGCAGCUGAUAUUACAGAAUUACCAAGAAUUUUUAAUCUCUUCUCAAUUUGCCAGGUACCGCUGAUUGCAUACUCUUCUGGGGAAAGAGGUCUCAUAAGCCAAAUAUUGUCCCCAAAAUAUGGUGGAUUCUUGGUGUAUGGCUCUAUAGAUGGAGAUUCCAUACCAAGUUUGCCUACCUUAGCAAGCCUUAUAGAAGUCUAUAAAGUUGACUGCAUAAACAAGGAUACUAAAGUUUUUGGACUUAUCUCAAAACCUGUUGGACAUAGCAAAGGUCCUAUAUUGCACAAUCCUGUCAUCAGGCAUGUCAAUUUUAAUGUAGUUUAUGUUCCAAUGUUCGUUGAUGAUCUUCAGAAAUUCUUCAGUGUCUAUCCCAGCCCAGACUUUCCUGGAUUUAGUGUUGGAAUUCCAUACAAGGAGGCAGUAAUUGAAUUUUGUGGUGAAGUUAAUCAACUUGCUCAGGCUAUAGAUGCUGCUAAUACAAUUAUAAGGAGGCCUAGUGAUGGAAAGCUAAUUGGUUAUAACACAGAUUGUGAAGCUGCAAUAACUGCAAUUGAGGAUGCACUAAUCAGAGCACACAGAUGUACUAAUGGAAAAACAUCUUUGAAUUCUCCACUUAAAGACAAGUUGUUUGUGCUGGUUGGAGCUGGUGGAGCAGGAAGAGCCUUAGCCUUUGGUGCCAAAAGUAGAGGAGCUCAUGUAGUAGUUUUCGACAUUGAUUUUGACAGAGAAAAGUCUCUUGCUUAUGCUGUACGUGGUGAAGUAAGGAAUUUCAAAGAAUUAGCCAAGUUUCAGCCAGAGAAAGGAGCAAUUCUUGCCAAUGCAACACCUCUAGGAAUGCACCCAAGUACAGCUCGAAUUCCUGUUUCUGAGGCAAGCUUGGCAGAUUAUGAGCUUGUAUUUGACUCGGUUUACACACCUAAGAAUACCAAAUUACUAAAAGAAGCUGAAACAGCCGGUGCUAUCAUCGUCAGUGGAGUCGAAAUGUUUCUUAGACAGGCCAUUGGACAAUUCAAUCUCUUCACAGAAAGACAAGCUCCUGAAGAGUUGAUGCGUGAGAUUAUUUUGGACAAGUUUUAAUGUUCUUCAUCAAUGGAAAUACACAAGUUUUAAUCUGAUUAUGCAUAUGCUGAUAAAUAAUGGAAAUUCAAGGCAAAAAUGUACAAGUUUCUAUGAAGUUUAUUAUAUUUAUCAUUGUUAUGAUAUUAUGAUUUUUUAAAUCAAAAUUGUAUCUUGCA